GGUCCUCUAAGAGACGGUAUGGAGAAGUGGAGCGUUUAUAUCGACAUAUAUCUGAUUCUGUCGCUUAUUAGUCCAAUUUGUACACAAAUUAUUCUGGAACCCACAAGACCGAUAGAUCUAUGGGACCCAUUCGGACCGACGUCAACAGGUCGUCCUCGGAACCAGGGUCUUAUGUCAAAUGAAGCUGCCGUACGUCUGUCCAUUGGUGAUUUAAUCGGGAAAAAAGUCUUUCUGGAAAAUUUACCGUGGACGCCAAGUCAAGAUCCGUCUGAACUGGAACCUCAACAUCGUUCACAUUUUGAUUCCAGUCCUUUGCCGGCGCGUAAUAACGUUACAAUAUAUACCUUCCUUGGUGUGCCGUACGCAGAGCCACCCGUUUCUCAACGACGUUUAAAGCCUUCUCAGCUUAUUCGAGAAUUGCCAACAAAACCAUACUUGGCAUUCCAAUAUGGGGCAGCUUGUGCUCAAGAUGUAGAAAAUCGCCCUCAGAUCUUUGUCAAUGAUCCGUAUCCAUUCACGGUGAAUGAAGAUUGCUUGUACCUGAAUAUAUUUUCACCAGAUGUCUCCAAAGUAUCGGGUGUUUCCUAUCCAGUGGUUGUGUUUCUCCACGGUGGUAACUUUCAAGCUGGUUCAGCAAAUGAGUGGCCUGCACAUAGUUUGGCUUCUCGGGGUAUGGUUGUGGUUACCGUAAACUAUCGUCUAGGUGCACUGGGCUUCAUGAGUUUUGGUGAUUCCACUUCUGGAAAUUAUGGUAUAAUGGAUCAACGACUUGCACUGCAAUGGGUGCGGGACCACAUAGCGUCUUUCGGAGGUGACCCUCAGGCUGUAACUGUAGUUGGUCAUGAUGCUGGAGCGGUGUCUAUUGGCAUGCAUAUGCUUUCGCCGUUAUCGAAGGGCCUUUUCCGAUCAGCAGCUGUUAUGUCUGGUGCUGAAGUCUCCUACCACUCGUAUAUUGGUAAGCCAGCAUUGGCAUUUAACAACACCAUGAAGCUAGGAAGAUAUCUUGGAUGUACACAGCCUAUUGCGUUUGAUGUUUGGAAUUGUAUUUUAACGAGAUCAACAAAUGACAUCGUACGAGCUACAACCGACAUACCCAUAGAGUACAACCGUUAUCUUUUUCUUCCUACUGUUGAUGGUGUUAACAUUCCUGGAAAUCCUUUAUGGAUUUUAAACAAUGCUCCAACAGGUUUAUCAUCUGUACCAAAUGCGGUUCCCUUGUUGGUUGGAAUGAAUGCGCAAGAUGGCACUGAAGUGAUUUUGGAAAACCGACUUCUGGGCGAGUUCAACGACUUCAAUAAUGUAGAUCAGGAAUACUUUCGAAGCUACGCUCUCGAGUAUUCUUUUCGGCACAAUUACAGUAUGAACCGGGAGGCGAUUGUGGAGGCGAUCAUAGAUCGAUAUACAUUCUGGCCUGACCCAUCUGACGAUUGGGCAGUCCGUAACAGUUUCAUUCAGUUCGCCACGGACGCGUAUUAUACUGCACCUAUAAGUUUGUCCGCUCAUCUUCAUUCAGCUUCAGGAUCUCGAACAUUUAUGUACGUCAACAACUAUAAUCUGUCAAGGAGCGGUUUUAUACCAGGUUGGAUGGGCUGUUGCAGAGAGUGCGACUUGUAUCUACUUUUUGGAUAUCCUAAUGUUCCUGACAAUCUUCGUCCUUAUCACUUACGUGGUGUUAACUUUACGGACAUGGAUAGGAAUGCUAGUCAGCUGUUCUCGAAUAUUUUUCGGCGAUUCGUAUAUUAUCAGAAUCCGAAUUUUCUGUAUGAUGGUUCGUGGUCUGCGCUUGAACCACGUCGUCAUUGGUAUUUGAACUUCAACUAUUCUCAUUGGUCCGAGAUGUCGAUUCCUGGAAAACUUGAGCGGGAUUAUCUGUAUGCAAACGUAGCAUUUUGGAACCAGUACAUUCCUGCUCUAGUCAAUUACAUGACAACUACAUUCCCUCCUGCGGAGGUUUCUGUUAGGCGCCAGUUAAUGGUCUUUCAAUGGGUCGUGGCUAUCGUUGUUGCGUUGUUGCUGCUGUUUAUCGUUUUAACGGGUGGCUUUGCGUAUCAGGUUUGUGAACAAUCACAAAGUUCGCAUGAUAUGAAGGAGCCUCAUCGCUUGGUUGAUUAUGCCGAUAACUUUAUCUCCAAUAACUCUGUUUAUGAUCCUCAUUUUCCUCGUAGGCCUUCAGUUCCGAUAAUGGCCCAGGUGAAGGAUGCAAAAACAAAAAAGGUUUCUAAGGCACUUAUUGCCAAACGAAAGGUGGUAAAAGGGCAGAAAAUCAUGCAUAAGAAGAAAGUCCGCACUUCUGUGCACUUCCGCCGACCAAAGACUUUGAAGACCCCGAGAAUGCCAAGGUAUCCUCGAAAAUCUGCCCCGGCUCGUUGCAAACUGGACUCCUUUGCUAUCAUUAAGCAUCCUUUGACCACCGAGUCUGCUAUGAAGAAGAUUGAAGACCAUAACACGCUUGUUUUUAUAGUUGACGUAAGAGCAAACAAGCACCAAAUUAGAACAGCUGUGAAGAAGUUGUACAACAUCGAGGUGCAAAAGAUCAACACCCUGAUUACUCCACUUAUGCAGAAGAAGGCAUACAUUCGUUUGACAACGGAUUACGAUGCAUUGGAUUGUGCCAACAAAAUUGGAAUCAUAUAG